UAACAAACCAAACCACCCACUUAUUUGUGCUGCUGAGUGUCAAGAAGGAACUGGAAGUUUACCGAGUCUGCGCCUCGCUGCUAUCAACAAGACACGAGGCCGAAGACAUAAUAAAAAUUGCAUCGACCCACCGGAAUUACACGGGAUAUUUGUAAUGAACGGGAGAUUUGGGUGGGAUUGAACGAUGGUCGGUUACAUGUGGUCUGUAGCAAGUGAAGACAGUUAACCAUCAAGCCUACAGGGAAGUGCCCCAGACAAGUAGCAGUGCUGAAGGUCAGUCCCGACAGCAAAGAAUGAAGAAGUUCUCCCGUAUGCCGAAGUCUGAGAGCGGCGGGCCGGGAGGCGGUUCCGGUACCGGGUCGACCUCUGGAGCCGUCAGUAACUACAUUGGGAAAGUGUUCGCCGUGGGCCGGUAUCAAGUCACGGUGGAAGAACUCAUAGCAGAAGGUGGGUUCUCCGUGGUGUUCCUGGUCCGGACACACAGUGGCGUGCGCUGCGCUCUCAAGAGGAUGUACGUCAACAACGUUCCUGACCUCAACAUCUACAAGAGAGAGAUCACUAUUAUGAAGGAGCUGUCUGGUCACAGGAACAUCGUGAACUACCUGGAUUCUACCAUCAACUCAGUAGGGGACAGUGUCUGGGAGGUGCUCAUUCUCAUGGAGUACUGUAAAGCUGGUCAGGUAGUGAAGCAGAUGAACCAGCGUCUCCAUAUUGGGUUUACAGAGCCGGAGGUGUUGACCAUCUUCACUGAUACCUGUGAGGCUGUGGCCAGGCUGCAUCAGUGUAGAACCCCUGUCAUACACAGGGACCUGAAGGUAGAGAACAUCCUCCUGAGUGAUAAUGGGAGUUAUGUUCUGUGUGAUUUUGGAAGUGCCUCUCACAAAGUGCUGCUUCCACACAAAGACGGAGUGACCGCUGUGGAGGACGAAAUCAGGAAGUACACGACCCUGUCAUAUCGAGCUCCAGAGAUGAUCAAUGUGUACGCAGGGAAGGCCAUUACCACCAAGGCUGAUAUAUGGGCUCUUGGUUGCUUGUUGUACAAGCUGUGUUUCUUCUCGCUCCCGUUCGGGGAGAGUCAAGUCGCCAUAUGUGACGGAAACUUUAUAGUUCCUGACAAUUCCAAAUUCUCCUUCAAGUUGCACAGCUUAAUCAGAUAUAUGCUUGAGCCUGACCAUGAGAAGAGACCAGAUAUCUAUCAAGUCUCCUACUUUGCCUUCAAGUUAGCUGGAAAGGAGUGUCCGGUGGCUAAUCUCUUUAGCUCUCCUCUCCCCACGUCACUUCCUGAGCCGCUAACAGCCAGCGAAUUUGCUGCUAGGAAGAGUAUGACGAAAGCCAGAAUCACAGAGUCCGUGGGUCCGACGGCAACGUCCAUCACUCCGAGACAGAGACCCAAAGCUGCAAACAGUUAUGUGCUACCCAUCCCUGUAGCCAACACAGCGGUCACCCCAGUCGCCGCCACGCCCAUCGUCACCCCUACGGCUGAGCCUUCUGUACCUGUCAGCAAUGGGCAGAAAGCGACUACCCCAGGGAAUGCCAACAGGGUCCUCCAGCAGCUGCAGCCUGGAGACCUGCGUCUACAACAACAAGAUCAGCUUCACCCUGUCCAUCCACAGCAGCUCCAAUACCUUCAGUACCAGCAGGCCCUUCAGCAGUCGAUCCAGCUCCAACAACAGCAGCAGCAGGCCCAGCUCCAACAGCAGCAGCAGGCCCAGCUCCAACAGCAGCAGCAGGCCCAGCUCCAACAGCAGCAGCAGGCCCAGCUCCAACAGCAGCAGCAGGCCCAGCUCCAACAACAGCAGCAGCAGCAGGCCCUGCUCCAACAGCAGCAGCAGGCCCAGCUCCAACAACCGAUGAUGAUGCAGCCCAUGAAUCAGCAACAACAAGCCCACUACGCAGCCAUGAUGCACCAGUACCAACAGGCUUUUGUACAGCAACAGCAGCCCUAUGUCACCUCCUCUCCUCUGGAGUACCAGCUUCCCCCAGGCUCCUAUAACCCGCCUGGGCCUGUUCCUGGGACUAUGCCCUCUGUUGAGCCUCCAUCCACUAACACCAGUAGAAGCCCUCUGGUGGACUUCAAGGUGACCACCCCUCCCCCCCAGACCCUGGUCACCCCCCAGACCCUGGUCACCCCCCAGAGCCACCCUCCUGACAUGUCUCGCUGGAACCCCUUUGGAGAGGACAACUUCUCCAAACUGACAGAGGAGGAGCUGCUGGACCGAGAAUUCGACCUCCUCAGAGCAAGUAAACCUCUGGAGAGAACCAGUAGCCAGGAGGCAGCCCGACCGCUGCAGCCAAUCACCCCCGCUGCCAAGCCUCUCCUCCCUGAAGACCUGUUUGGCUCCUCCCCCUUCCUGUCUAGUGCAGGUUCUAGUGUGGUGGUGAUAACUGAUCAGCUUAUUGACGAGCUCAGUAACCCAGUCGCUGCCCCCGUACCUGUUCCAGUGGGCAAGCCAGCCCUUGAGGAAGAGCUGCAACCUCCGGUGGCAAAGGAGCACAAACCAAGUAGGAGGAGAAACUCUCCUGUUGGCGGUUCACAAACGACUCGCAAACCAGGGGGUGACGAAUCAGACAGUGACUUUGAGUCAGAUCCUCCUUCCCCUAAGAGCAGCGAGGAGGAAGACGAGCCGGAGGACGACGAAGGUCUGAACAACGAGCACAGAGAGUUCUUCAAUGAACUGGAAGAUUUGGAGGAAACGGAGAUGCUGGGACAUAGGCCUCUGCUGAUGGACUCAGAGGCUGAGGAAGAGUACGACAAACACAGCUCCGACUCAGACUAUGAACCCAGGAAGGUUAAGGAAGGACUCACUAGGAAGCUAAAAGGAGAAGUGGUGGCAGAUGCGGCUACUGCCACCCGUGAGGGAAGUCCGAGAGUGGAGUCAGAAGACGCACUAAUCACGAUUACGCCUCCCGAGUCGCCUGGUGUGGUGGCUGUUAGAGCCCCCCAAUGUGUCAGUGGCAUUGUGGACGUGUUUGGUGCGGAUGUGUUUGGUGCUGUGCCCUUCUUUCCUCCAGCGGCAGCUCUGGCAGAAAGCGCAGACAUCUUCUCCGCGGCUCCCUUCAGGCAGGUGAGCCAGGAGGCCGUAGUCAACCAGCCCAGCCAGGCCAUGGAAGAGUUAGACGUCUUUACUAAGGCUCCGUUCACCCGGAACCUCUCCAAAUCUGGGAAGACCGGAAGCAGCGACUUCUCUAUGGGUCGGACUCCGCCGGUGUCCCCUGAAAGCAUCGACCCGUUCGGCUUCUCCCCCUUCCAACCCAGCCCCACAGCUCCGCUACCAACCACCUCCAGGAGUGCCGAGAACAUCUUCCGUCCAGCCUUCGAGAAUUCUCUCAGCCCCCAGCAGCAGAGGCUGAAGCAGCGUAGCCUCCAGAAGUUGUCCUCACGUCAGAGGAAGUUCUCUGGUGGCACCAGCGGUGGCAGCAAUGGCAAGCGCCACCACGGCACGCCCACUGGCGGUCGCAAGAACAACAAGCCCAGCUUCCGAACCCCCGAGCGCGUACGCCGGCACAAGAAGGUCGGCAGGAGGGACUCUCAGAGCUCCAACGAGUUCCUCAGCACCUCAGACUCCAAGGAGAACAUCAGCGUCGGCAGCGUAACGAUGGCAGACACCGACAAAGACAAAGGGGCUUCCCUGCCUAGCCUUCCUCAUGAGGUCGACCCCUUCGGAGCCAAUCCUUUUGGUCCUCAGGAUGGCAGCCGACUUAACCAGGGCCAGUACCAAGGGCUUCUGGGGGACAGCAAGUCAGACAUAGGUUCGGCCAAUAGCAGGCCUCGGACUAGCUCCCUCCAUGAUGCGUUUGGGGACGGGAACAUCAUGGAUGACUUUGGGGCGGUACCUUUCACAGAACUGGUGGAACACCCUGGGCCUGAACAGCAGCCGUCACAGCCAGUAGAGCUGGAUCCCUUUGGAGCUGCACCGUUCCCCUCCAAACAGUGAAUGUCUUGCUCGUCUUCCUGCCACACACUUUCUCGUCUUUCUCAAUCACACACACUGCUGUGUUACACCAAGCCUAUGGAGUCCCGGGGAGAAAUUCCCUUCCAAGGGAUGGCGACUAGCUUAGUGGUGUGGUAGUUGAUUAUAUUUUCAGCCAAAUUUAACCGCGAUCGGCAACUGCGCUAAUGUGUUUCCAAUGCUUUCACCCCCCCCCAAGGAUAUUUCAAUACAUGAAUAACUGGACUUUGGGAUUAACAAAACCAACAUAAACCUGUGGCGUAUGGCUGAUUUUAUUUUUAUUUCUUUCAGGUUCUGUAUGAAUUUCCUUCACCUGUACCUGUUAGCUGACAGGCCUUUUAUGCUGCGUCACAAUACGUGUCUCUGAGACAUGGAGAUCGAUUUAGUUUCACUCAAGAUCACACUGUGUCAAACAACAAGAUUGCUCAGUUUUCGGAUCGCUUGAGUUGCUGCAAAAACAACACUUUUUUUUUUUUUUUUGUAAAGAUUGUGGCCUCCGUGAUCUACCAAUAAGAUUAAUUUAGCACCAUGAAGCCUUAUGGACAUGACUCCGCCUUGCUGCACAGUACCUCGGAAACCAUUUGGCUAAGUAAAUGGCUAACGUUGCCUUUUGUGUCACUGGAGUAAUUCAUUUAAGAGUAGGCCUUUACCACUUUAUAAUUUCACCCUACUUAGACCCUUUCAUUUUUUUUCUCCAUUUAGUCUACUUACAGUAGAUAACAGCUAAUUGUUUAAACAGUUUUAUUUUAAUCGCAAUAUAUUCACUAGAAUGAAAGGGAUUCGAUUUGUUUUAUUUCUUUUUUAAAGAUUACUCUCUUUUAUUAUUUAGGACAUUUUUUAAAAAAAAAUUUCAUUUUCGGGUUUAAUUCCAGACUUUUGAACUUGUCAAUAAGUACUGUUUUAAUGUGAUCUUUUACCUCAACCAAUAAUAAAAAAUAAAAAUAUCAUUUUUUUUUUUUUAAUAAGGGGGGAAAACACAACCAUUUUCCUACAUGGCGAUACUGUGUAUAAUAUUUCUGACUACUUCCACCUAUUGAGACGGUCUCCUGUCUUUGAUCUAUUGUUAACACAAGCCAUCUUCUACCAUUUACUUGGUAGUCUAAUUAGAAUCAGGUCAUGUGUCCAAAUUGUUUUUAAAUGAAUGCACUUUCAUCCUCAACUCUUCCAUUGGCUAGUAAUUAUGAAUCUGAGGAUACAGAAAGGAGAAAUAUGUCGUUGUCUGAUAACCCCGUAACUCAAUUAUUUGUUUUCAUUUUAUUGAAAUAACAGUAACUCUCUCAAUCUACUUCUGAACAUUUUUUUUCAUGACUCGGAUCAAGAAGCUAUUCAAAAUGGCUUCAGAAGUUUCAUAAUUGUAUGUUCAUUAAGUGGAAAAUAUGGAAUUUAUUUAGAUUUUAACUGAAAAGUUUGUUUAGGAGUUGAGGUUCUCAGACAGUGACGAUAUGUACCUACUUUUUGGCACAUUAAUUUUGACUGAGGAAAAAAACGAGCUCGUAGCUGCCUUAUUCGCCUAUGGAACCCUGUGAUUUUUAAAUAUUUUAUGUUUAAUUUUUAUUUAAGGUUAAUCUUGUUUUUGUAUUUAUCAUGCUAUACUGCUGUCUAAUAAUGCAAUAAUAAACACGUUUGAUUAAA